UAUGCUAUAAUAUACUUUCUUCCUUAUACUCUUCUAGUGUGACUGUUCAAAUAAUUUACUACUUGUAUUGGAUUUACUAUAUGCUUCAAAACAGGAUCUCUAAAAUGGUAAGUUACUGUGGGAAUAAAGGAAUGAAUUGCUAGUUAAAGCAAGUGUGUGAAUAAGAAGUCAGAAAUGAAAAACAGCUUUGAAAGAAAGAUUCAGGAACAGUGAAUUGAAGAGAUAGGGAAGAGCAAUUAGGAAUCAGGUGGCAAUUAGACCUCCAUAAGUAGGUAGAUCUCCUUCCCUCCUUCAAUUAGGGUAACAGGCAGCAGCUCCCAUCAGAAUCGGAAAUAAAUGGAGAAGCUAGGGAUGAACCUGAACCAACUUGACUAGGAGAAAGAAGGGGUGGAUGAAGGUGGAAGGCAAAACAAGGACACAAAGGAACUGCACCAGGAUGUUACGCUGUGCCUGGGCGCCUGGUGAGCGGAUGGAGCGCUUUGUCCAUGUGCCCUAUGGCUUGUGCCAGGGCUAUGGGAGCACACUGCCUUUGGGCCAGCCUGGACUCUCUGAGCACAAACAGCCCGACUGGAGGCAAAACACUGGACCCCCCACUUUCCUGGCCAGGCCAGGGCUGCUGGUGCCUGCGAAUACCUCAGACUACUACAUGGAUCCUUACAAGAGGGCGCAGCUUAAGGCCAUUCUCUCCCAGAUGAACCCCAGCCUGAGCCUGCGGCUGUGCAAAGCCAACACCAGGGAGGUAGGCGUGCAGGUGAGCCUGCGGGUGGACAAGUCCGUGCAGUGCUCGCUGGGGCCUCGCACCUUGCGUAGCUGCUCCCCUUGGGGCAGCACGGGCCACAAGGCACCCUUGCCAGCCUGGGGAGUCUAUACGCCAAUGAUUGGCUGCAGGGGCUUGAUCCGAAUGCAAAAGGAUGGAGAAAAUGAAGAGAGGAAGGUGCUUUCCAGUCCUGCAGAGGCCACCCACCAGCAGCAGCCACCACUAGUGCCAAGGUCGGAAGAAGAUAAGCAGGAGGAACUCCCACAGCAUGAUGAGUUGGGGCCAGAAGACACUUCGAGUCCUCAGGAAAGGCAGAGCAAGCAGGCACAGGGAGACGCUACUGAUCCACUCAGGAAACCCAACUUCCAGUUUUUGGAACCAAAGUAUGGCUAUUUUCACUGUAAAGAUUGUAAGACCAGAUGGGAGAGUGCUUAUGUGUGGUGCAUUUCUGGAACUAAUAAGGUUUAUUUCAAACAACUCUGUUGCAAAUGCCAAAAGAGUUUUAACCCUUAUCGGGUAGAAGCAAUCCAGUGUCAGACCUGUUCAAAGUCUCGUUGUUCCUGUCCUCAAAAGAAAAGACACAUUGAUCUAAGGAGGCCUCAUCGACAGGAACUGUGUGGCCGCUGCAAAGACAAGAGAUUCUCCUGUGGCAAUAUUUACAGCUUUAAACACAUUGUGUGACAGGCAGUAUGACUUGUACAGGACACCUGAACUCUUCUUGUAACUUACUGUACUGUUCCUUUUUUGCAACUUAGCUCU